ACAAAAACUAAAUUUCGUUUAUUUUUUCAUAUAGACAAAUUAAAAUUAACUCGUCUUAGCUCUUUUACCCGUCUUUUGUUUGAUUUUCGUUUAAAAUUUCGUGUAAAAUUCGCAAAACAUUCGGUUAAAGGCAAAAUUAUCGCAAUAACUGUUAACCACUUUGCUCCAACCAAAUCCACAACACUCCAAAUAUCCUCUACAAAAUGAAUCCUGUACAAAUCUAUUGGGCUGAGCACAAAGGCGUAACGCUCGACGAACAGCAGCGCGACAUAUGCAUACGCGACAUACCGCAAAAAUGGCUGCCACGCAUUGCCGACUUCAUGGUGGAGAAUUCCUAUCGCACCAAUCGGCUGUACGCACAACUGAAGAUACACGAUAAUCCCGAUGUGGAACAAACGUAUCGUCGUUACGUAGAUCACGUGCUGCAAAAUGAAUGCAGUAUUAUGGUAAUCGACGAGCAGACUAACGAGAUCUACGGCGUAGCGCUGGUCAAAUGGAUGACCAAAAAGUGGCGCUCUUGGACCAUUUGGCUGCAAAUAUUCGAUACGUUUCUACUCUUCGCCGAGUUCAUGCUACUCGGUCGUAUGCUAGUGCUGAAGUACGAACAAGAGCAUCCGGAGCAUGAGCCUGAUAGCCUACACCUCUUCGAGUAUUAUUUGCAUCCCGAGCUUAAGGCAGAUCCGGUCUUCAUGCAGAAAUUCUUCUAUAGCAUUUUGGAAGUGGCGCGUCAUAUGUUGAUGCCACGUGUCUCCUUUGUAGCCGCAACGCUGGAGCAGCAACAGCAGGCUGAAGCUUUCGGUUUUCAAGCGCUCUCACAUCUUAUCUACUCGCUGGUGGAAGACAGCGGUGUGCGCACCUUUCAGUCGCUGCGCGAUAUUGAAGAAAUGUAUAUGGUGUUGUAUGAGCUACCGGUUGGACCGAUAAUACCCUUCUAUACCAUGCCGCCACCGCAUCCGUACGAUGAGGAGGAUCGUUUGAAGCACGAGCCGCAUGCAAAGCAUGAAGGUGAGGAAACCGCUGCAUAUGAUGAAGAUUCAAAUCGACACUCCUUUUCCAAGCUGGCUAUAAAGUAG